GGCAUGGGCUAAGGGCGGCCAUGGUGCGCCGCGAUCGCCUGCGCAGGAUGAGGGAGUGGUGGGUCCAGGUGGGGCUGCUGGCCGUGCCCCUGCUGGCAGCCUACCUGCACAUCCCGCCCCCUCAGCUCUCCCCCGCUCUCCACUCGUGGAAGACCUCAGGCAAAUUUUUUACCUACAAGGGACUGCGCAUCUUCUACCAAGAUUCCGUGGGUGUGGUGGGAAGUCCGGAGAUAGUUGUGCUCUUGCACGGCUUCCCGACGUCCAGCUACGACUGGUACAAGAUUUGGGAAGGCCUGACACUGCGGUUUCAUCGAGUAAUUGCUCUCGAUUUCUUAGGCUUUGGCUUCAGUGACAAACCGAGACCGCACCACUACUCCAUAUUCGAGCAGGCCAGCAUCGUGGAGGCGCUCCUGAGGCACCUGGGGCUGCAGAACCGCAGGGUCAACCUCCUGUCUCACGACUACGGGGACAUCGUGGCUCAGGAGCUGCUCUACAGGUACAAGCAGAACCGAUCUGGACGGCUUACCAUAAAGAGCCUCUGUCUGUCAAAUGGAGGUAUCUUUCCUGAGACUCACCGUCCUCUCCUUCUCCAGAAGCUACUCAAAGAUGGAGGCAUGCUGUCACCCAUCCUGACACGCCUGAUGAACUUCUUUGUAUUCUCUCGAGGUCUCACCCCAGUCUUUGGGCCCUACACCCGGCCCUCUGAGAGUGAGCUGUGGGACAUGUGGGCAGGGAUACGCAACAAUGAUGGGAACUUAGUCAUUGACAGUCUCCUACAGUACAUCAAUCAGAGAAAGAAGUUUAGAAGACGCUGGGUGGGAGCUCUUGCCUCUGUGACUAUUCCCAUUCAUUUUAUCUAUGGGCCACUGGAUCCUGUAAAUCCCUACCCAGAGUUUUUGGAGCUGUACAGGAAAACGCUGCCGCGGUCCACAGUGUCGAUUCUGGAUGACCACAUUAGCCACUACCCACAGCUAGAGGAUCCCAUGGGCUUCUUGAAUGCAUAUAUGGGCUUCAUCAACUCCUUCUGAGCUGGAAAGAGUAGCUUCCCUGUCUUACCUCCCCUACGCCCUUAUCUGUCGUGUAUUCCACUAGGAAGAAAUGCCCAAAAGAGGUCCUGGCCACUAAACACUAUUCUCUCACAAAAGUCCACUUGACUCACAUAGGUGAACAGAGCAUAGUAAAAAGCCAGCAGAAGCUCCGACUAAGUGCUGAGCUAACAGUCCACCUCCCAUUCCCCUGACAUCUGAUCAUCAAGUGUAUGAACUUGCCUUUGUCUUUUGUGUUAUUAGGAAAUUCUGAUGAGCACUACUACUCACUGAUGCCGAAAGACAGGCAGACAUUCUUUGUCACGAAAGACUUUUUUAACACGUCUGUGGACUUUUCUGAAAUUUUUAGAAAUGCUAAUUUCUGGCCCAACCCCAAUUGGACUCAUAGAGUAAAGAAUGAGGAAGGGGCCCAACCUCUCCUUGAUGGCUUUCAGGGCACGUGCUUUCCUGUCCUCUAAGCCCUUUUCGGCAUCAAGUGAGAGUGAGUCGCCCUGGUCAUGACUUUGAAUUUAGUUUCAUCAGCUGCUUCUCAUUAUAGACAUUUUGUUACAGUAGAUUUUGGUUUAAAUAAUGUAGUAUUCUACGUAUGCUUCAAGAGUAUGAGUUAUCUACAUGUGUACCUGUAUUUUAUAAGGAUACUAAACCAGCAGAUACUGACUCUGGCAGAGGAGUGAACCUUACUAAACACGUUUCAUUUCUACAUGAACUAAAUCCAAACUGUUUUCAGAAUUUCCUAAAAUCACAAGACAUUAAUGACUAAAUAGUGCCCGUGCCAGAGUUUUCCUGUGAUUAGCUGGAAAGACCGAUUCUAACAGCAGAUAACAGUCCAAGUAUUCAUACCUCAGUGCUUAGAAGCAUGUCCCUCCCAAGCUACGGUGGAGGGGAGGGGACCGUUUUUACAGUCCCAGCUGCCAGCUGGGUGUACGGUGAUUCCUUUGAUAGGGCUGAACUUCUCAUUGGUUGUCCCAGAGAGGCUUUCUCAUGUAGCCCAGCAAUUCCUGUGCUUUACAGACAGGAACGUUCCAGAAAUUUUUAAGAACAAAUUCUGAAAGAUCUAUGAGCAAAUGGUGCUGAAUACUUUUUUUCAAAGCCACAGUUUCAUUGUCUGAGUCAAAACAAGAUUAUUAAGUGAUUAUUUUUAAAUUCUUUUUUUUUAUUAGCAGCUUCAAGUAUAACAACAAUGAAAGUGAAAUAAGUGUUUAUUUUCUAUUAAUAAAAAUGAAUGUUGACAAAA